GGCAGCGGCCCCGGCCCGGCUGCCCUGGCCGCGGAGCGGCUGCGGGAGGCGCGGGCGGCGGGGCCCUGGCUCUGCGUGGACCUCGGCGUGGCCGGCGGCAUGAGCGAGAAGGAGAGUGGCCGGCUGGCCUCGCAGAUCCGCCGGCUGUACGGCGCGAACCGGCGCGCGGCGCGGCCCUUCUGGCUGUGCCUGACCGAGUUCACGGCGGGGACGCCCAUCUACGAGCAGUGCUUCCGCAUGAACGACGGCUUCGGGGCGUACCUGAUGGACACAACCCCAGAGAGUUACCUGGACCUGUUUCCCUUGGAGGCCAUUGUUUAUCUCACUCCUGACUCUGAGAACGUGCUCGAGGACAUCGACCCCAGCAAGGUGUACGUGCUGGGAGGGCUGGUGGAUGAGAGCAUCCACAAGCAGCUGACCCUGCGGAGGGCGCGGGAGCAGCGCCUGCACACUGCCCGGCUGCCCAUCCGCGAGUACAUGGUGCGAGCCCCCAACGCCAGGAACUACCACUGCGAGACACUGGCCAUCAACCAGGUCUUUGACGUCCUGUCCACCUACUACGAGACACGGAGCUGGCCAGCAGCCCUGAGGGCUGGAGUUUCCUCUGGGAAAGGCUACGUGCUGCCGGACACAGGGGAGCAGGGGGACACAGCCCUGAGCGCCGCUGCUGCCCAAGGAAGCUCUGCAUUUCGUGCUGAGGAGCUGCAGAGGCAGGAAGCACCAGCGUGACUGCACAGGAGACAGCUCCUUCCAGCGGUGUGAGGGGCUCGCUGGAGCAACACCUUCUACCUCAGGAAUGCGGUGCUGGACAUCGCCCGUGCCCCCCGCAGGAAGGGAAAGCCUGGCGGGGCCUGGGACCAAGUGAAAACUGACAGGAAUUCAGUUUUGCCUCUUUGCAGCUGUUUAUUUGUGACUCCUGCCCCUACGCUCGUUCUGAGGUGGGCAGGAGAGCUUUGGGGUGUGUUCUUCAUUUUAUUGGAACAGAGUAAGGUGAGGUUAGGGUUGCAAAGCUCUUGGGCAAGGGGAGCGCCCUGCCAUGGGGCAGGAGAGUGCUGCUCCUGCAGGAGAACAAGGGGUGGGGAGCAGCUCCCAGGGGCACUGCGUCCCAGCAGCUUAAACCCACCCAAGUUCGGUGAGCUGUUGAAGCCUUUGGCUAGUUGUGUGCAUCUAAUAUAAAAUAAAAGGUUUAGAUCCCCA